AUGGGGAAGAUUGCAGCUGAACCGACUUUGGAGAUCCGAUGUAAACGAGCAUCCUUAGUGGAGAAGAGUUUUGGAGAAUUGGAGACCUUCCCUAAACAACGUCUAGCCCUUGCAAAGUUCGAGGAACAUGCUAAAGUUUUCAAGAAUACACGGCUAUUUAGCUUCGAAAUGCCUGGACAUGCAGGUGGCGAGCGACGUUAUGUGGUGAGCACGCUGGAGCGUUUCUGGAUGUGGUACAUUUCGCUGAGCGAACGUCACGUUUAUGAGCUCAUUGUCGACUCGAUGCCCUGUCGCCUUUAUUUUGAUCUCGAGUAUUGCAGAGAAACUAAUCCUGGAAUUGACCACGAGGAUUUUCUCGUUCUUGACAGUUCCACCGAGAGCAAGUUCUCCGCCCACGUUAUCUGCCAUCUUCCUGGAGGAGUACUGUUCCCGUCGAACACGUCGAUGCGUCCGUUUUGUGCUCGCCUUGCUGGUCAAUUACUUGAGGAUCCACCAGUGAAAAUUUGGAAUACCGAUGCUACGAAGGUUCGCUGA